AUGCACCAGCCGCUGCACUGGCUCCGUGGCGAGCACGACUACGGCAGGAAUCUCACCGUGAUCCACAACGGCAAGGAGCAGAGCCUUUUCGACUUCUGGGAACAGGAGUUGCCGCUGCUCUUCCACAUGCACAACUUCCAAGCCGCCGCGAGCAGGCUGAAGCGCGAGCAGAAACUGGAGUCAUUCAACGUCCACCCCAGCGACGUUUUUGCGGAGUGGGGUCGGGCGUUGUCUGCGCUUGCCUGCCGGGAGAUCUACGCGCUGCCUGAGCUGACUGGCUCGUCAGGUGUAGCCCUACGCCUCAACGAAGAGAUCCUUCAGCGCUGGCGCGCACUGUACGAGGACCUCGUUUUGAAAGCCGGCUUCCGCCUUGCUCGGACAAUGCGCGAGCUGCUGACGCACAGGAAGCAUGCUGCU